AUGUCACAUGCAGCUAUUGUUUCACUUGCCAUAGAAAUAUCUCGGGGUAAAUUGGGAGCAGGCAAUGAUGGCGAGCGUGUUGAAAGUUGCGAUGUCCUCGAGAAAGAAUCCAGAAACGAGAGAGAGCCUAAUUGUGAUGCAGAGGAUCUCAAGUUCAAGGUUGAGCUUGAGUCGAAAUGCUCAAUUUUCGAGCCUGGGGAUAUGGCUGACGGCGAGAAAGUGGACAAGCUUUGUUGUGAUAACGGAGAGGGCCCCGAAGAUUGCCAUUUUCUCGAAAUUGAUUCUGACAGCGAGACCGAGCCCGAGUGUGACAAAGAGUAG